AUGUCUGAUCGCGAGUCUAGACUUAGAGCUAUCGAGUCAGCCAUCAGGGUUGUACCGAAUUUUCCACAGAAAGGCAUUCUCUUCCGUGACUUCUUUGGAGUUCUCAUGAAUCCUGUCUUAACUCAAUACCUAUUGGAUGAAUUAUAUUAUGUGGCUACAUCCGAGGCAGCUGGUAAAUCUAAAAAAAUAGAUGCUGUUGUGGGCCUCGAGUCGCGCGGCUUUCUUCUUGGACCAGCACUUGCCCUUCGUCUGAACUGCGCCUUUGUCCCUAUUCGGAAAGCAGGAAAACUUCCAGGUCCUUGUUUCUCUCAUCGAUAUACAUUGGAAUAUGGAACCGAUACUGUAGAUAUGCAAAAGGAUGUUAUCAAUGCUGGCGAUAAUAUAUUAUUAUUGGACGAUGUUUUAGCCACUGGUGGAAGUCUUGAAGCUUGUGUUAAUUUGGUAAACCUAUCUGGAGCUAAGGUUUUAUUCAGCUUGGUGUAUAUGGAACUGAAAAGUCUGUCUGGACGUAAAAAGCUAGAAGAUCUUAGCGUUCCUGUUUAUUCACUUUUCAACAUUUGA